AUGCUUAUAGGUAUUAUCAUCGGAAGUACCCGAAAACCCAGAGCAGCUCCACAGAUCGCACAGUUCGUCUUGGACACAAUAGAAAAUUCCGAAACAUAUCAGAAACAGUCUGCAAAGCCCACAUUGAGGCUAAUUGAUUUAGCUCAUUGGAAUCUGCCGUUAUAUGAUGAAUCCAAGGUCCCGUCUCAGAUAAAAUCAACAGAGGAAUAUGACCAUGAACAUACCAGACGCUGGAGCCGGGAGGUUCAAAAGUACGAUGCUUUCAUAUUUGUUACUCCACAGUAUAACUGGGGCUAUCCUGCGGUGCUGAAAAAUGCCAUUGACUUUUUGUACAAUGAGUGGCAUGGUAAGCCGGCGAUGGUGGUUACUUACGGCGAGCAUGGGGGAACCAAAUGUAAUGAGCAACUGACUCUGGUACUGCAGGGCAUACGCAUGCUUCCCACAGACUCUACGGUCACUCUCGCAUUUCCAGAUCGCAAAACAUUGGUUGAUGCUGCUACGGGAGCCGAUCUGGGUUUGUCGAACUCGUCAGUGGAGAGCUUUUGGGAAGGUGAGAAGUCUCAGAUUGAAAAGGCUUACGCGAAUCUUUUGCAAAUUUAUUCCCGGGCAGUGCAGCCCUCUUAA